AUGAUGCGGGAGUUGCGUUUGAUGGUGAAAGGUUUGUUGGCCGGUGCUCGGACCUUGUUGUUGGCCUUCAUUUUAUUAUUCACGGUAAUAUAUGUGAUUGCGGGCUUCGCCACGAUGACGAUCGGAAGCGACGAACGCACAGUGGAGAUCGGCCUACAGUUCUACUUUGACAGCAUCCCUGCGUCCAUGUUCACGGCGUUCAGGUGCUUUACAGGCGAGUGCAGCAAUGCUGACGGCCAGCCUUUGCAACACCUUCUUGCAAAGGAGUUUGGCCACGUCUUCAUUCUCUGCUACGUCGCCAGCUACAUGCUUGUGACGAUGGGAAUCUUCAACGUCAUCCUUGCAGUCUAUGUGGACAUCAUGAUGAGGGCGGCAAAGGAGAACGACGCCAAGGGUGCAGAGCAGACCAAACGGGAGUCCAUCCGAGUGGCUCGGACCACCCGUGAGCUCAUCAAGAUCUUCAGCGCUGCAUACAAUGCCUUUCGCGACCAAGGCAGCUUAAAGGACGACGACAAGUCCAUAAGAACAGUUGCUGCGUCUGACUUCAUGGAGGAUGGCAUGACAGACCAGGUGCAUAUCACGAAGGAGCUUUUCCUGCUGGUGGUUCAGGACCGGCACGUCCAAAAAGUGAUGGAUGACCUGGACCUACCUCCUGACCGGGCAAACCUAUUUGAGAUGUUGGAUGGCGAUGGCAGCGGAACGCUGCAGACGGCUGAGCUGCUCCAAGGGCUGCUGAAGGUCAGGGGCGAGGUGAACAAGAGCGACACCGUGGCAAACUUGCUGGCCAACAAGGCCGUGCAAAACCUGGUCAGUGACUGCCAGGAUCAGAAUACAAAAGGUUUUCAGGCCCUGCAUCAAAGCAUAUCGCUUUUGAGGGCGGAGGUUAGCUGCAUGAACAAUUCUGAGAGCGCCGGCGAUCGUCACCGCUCUGAGAGCGUCAUAUUUGCACCGCAACCACGACAAGUUCCCCUAGGGGACUAG